CUCUACCAACGCUCAAGGGGAUGGACGAGUUGAUUGAGUGGGUUGUAAUAUACCCUCAAAUUUUUGAUAUUUUGGAGCAUAUCAACUAUGUUCCAAAAACUCUUUUGCAGCGAAUUCGCUUGCAUCGCUCUUGGUCAAAAGUAGACUACGAUUUGUGGUUUUUGUACGCGUCUGAUGAAAAACGAAAGGACUGCAAAAUCGAUUGUUAUGGGCAAUUGUACUCAUACGAUGAAUUUCUUGUGCUUGAAGAUCAAAGAAUUGCCAAAUUAAACGAGCUAGCUAAAGCUCGCAGUCCAAACGAGAACUCUAACUUUUUACGACAAUUAUUAUCAAAUGCAAAAGUUAAUCAUGUUCCGCUCGUUGAAUUGGGUGGUGAACUUUUCUUUCAAUUUAAUGAAUCUCUUCCUACAACUCUAGUGGAGACAGAAAGCGUUAAAGAAAAUCUAUCUCGCGUGAGUCCUUUUCUUGUGAGAAAGCAGCCUUUGCUCCUGGCUGGCCCAGAAGGCAUGGGAAAGACGUAUUUUAUUACUCAAAUUGCUGCCUUACUUGGACAAAGAAUUGUGCGUAUCCACCUCACGGACUCUACCGAUCCUAAAAUGCUGAUAGGAACGUAUACUUGCCCUCGUCCAGGUGAAUUUGAAUGGCAACCGGGUGUUUUAACGCAAGCUGUGAGACAUGGGAAAUGGCUUUUGUUAAGCAAUAUUGAAAAAGCACCUGCUGAGGUUUUAAGUAUCUUAUUACCUUUGUUAGAAAAACGACAACUUGUAGUUCCUUCACGAGGGGAAACUAUUUAUGCAGCAAAUUCUUUUCAAGUUUUUGCAACCAGCUCUACAAACUCCACUAUAUUGGGACAAAGACUUUGGAAGACUAUUGAGAUGGUUUCUGCUCCUCAUGAAUGUGUCGAAAUCGUUUCAACUAUCUAUCCAGAGCUUUCUACCAUUUCCCGAACACUUUUUUCUGUUUAUAACGAUAUUUAUGAGCUAUUUUCAAACAGAACAUUCCUUGCAGUCUCUAGGGUGUACCGGCGGCUAUGCCUUCGCGAUUUCUACAAAUUUAUGAAACGCGUGGCUUUUCUUUAUAGAAAUUUCCAUGUGUCUGUUGGUCAUACAACAAUUUCGCAGGAGCUGCAAGAUGCUAUUUUUAAAGAAGCUAUUGAUGUAUUCAGUGCUUUUAUACCAAAUAAACAAGGUGUAGAUAAUGUCGUGCGUAAUAUUGCUAUCGACUUAAAUAUAUCACCUGAAAAAGCCGAGCAUUUUUUUGAAGUUAUUCCUUCUUUUCAUGAUUCUGAGAGUGCAGUUACGGUUGGCCGAUCUAAAUUGCCCAAGGUUUCAUCCAGUGCGGUUUCUACCAGUAAUCCAUAUGCUUUUACUUCUUCCUCAUUGUCAUUACUAGAGAAGAUUUCUGUUGCCGUUCAAACUAAUGAACCUUUAUUACUUGUUGGUGAAACAGGUACUGGUAAAACGACUACCGUGCAGCUGUUGGCUAAUUUGUUGGGCCAAAAAGUUACUGUUAUUAAUAUGUCCCAGCAAACAGAAUCCUCAGACAUGCUUGGUGGUUAUAAGCCUAUAAACAUUACUACACUGGGGCUUCCUUUACAUGAAGAAUUCAUGAGUCUGUUUGAGACAACUUUUAGUGUGAAGAAGAACAUGAAAUUUGUAGCAGCAGCUUCUACUUCUGCCAGAAGAUUUAGAUGGAAGACCUGCUUAAAAAUAUGGAAUGAGGCUUUAUCCCUUUCCAAAUCACUUUUUUCUAAGACGCGGAGUCAAGAAAAUCCUAUGAAGCGUCAAAAGAGAUUGGCUAAUCAACCAGCUUUAGAAGCUCGUUGGAAUAAGUUUAAUGAAGAGGUUGAACAAUUUAGUAAAAUGCUUGAAGGCGGUUCUAAAAGUUUUAUGUUCUCUUUCGUUGAAGGUGCAUUGGUUAAAGCUAUACGUUCAGGGCAUUGGGUUUUGCUGGAUGAGAUUAAUUUAGCAUCCAUGGAAACAUUAGAGCCUAUUGGACAGUUAUUAAAUUCGUAUGAACCUGGUAUUUUACUAAGCGAUCGUGGCGAUGUUAAUCCUGUCAUUCCUCACCCUAAUUUCAGAUUAUUUGGUUGUAUGAAUCCUUCAACUGAUGUAGGUAAACGUGAAUUAGAAACUUCGCUUAGGUCUCGGUUUACAGAAAUUUACGUUGAAUCUCCUGAUAGGAACCUUUCAGACUUAUUAUCAAUUAUAAGCAAAUAUAUAGGAACUCUUUGUAUUGGUGAUGAUCACGUUAUUCGUGAUAUUGCCGAGUUAUACCAGAUUGCCAAACGCCUUUCUAUUGAUGGCUCACUAGUUGAUGGUGCAGGUCAAAAGCCUCAUUAUACAAUCCGUACAUUGAGCAGAACUCUUUGCUAUGUUGCGGAAAUUGUACCUAUUUAUGGUCUUAGACGUUCCUUAUAUGAAGGUUUUUGUAUGUCGUUUUUAACUUUACUUGAUCAAAAUAGCGAAAACCUAUUAUACAAAUAUAUUGAACGUUAUACACUAGGAGAGCUGUCGGUUCAACAGAAAAAUGCUAUUCUUAGACAGAUUCCCAAACGACCGGACGUUGGUGACUAUGUCGCCUUCUGUCACUAUUGGCUUAGAAAGGGUUCAUUUCCUGUCAGAGAUCAGGAGCACUACAUUGUAACUCCCUUCGUCCAAAAAAAUCUUCUUAAUAUUACCCGUGCUUGCUCAACUAGGAUGUUUCCGAUUUUAAUACAGGGUCCUACAUCUAGUGGUAAAACCAGUAUGAUUGAAUACAUAGCAGGUAAAACAGGUCAUAAGUUUGUGAGAAUCAAUAAUCACGAACAUACUGAUCUUCAAGAAUAUCUUGGAUCAUAUGUAACCGAUGACAAGGGAUCUUUGGUAUUCAAGGAAGGUAUCCUCGUCGAGGCUCUUAAAAACGGUUAUUGGAUUGUACUUGACGAGCUGAAUUUAGCUCCCACUGACGUCUUGGAAGCACUGAAUCGUCUUCUUGAUGAUAAUCGUGAAUUGUUCAUUCCUGAAACCGAAUCUCUUGUAAAGCCCCACCCUGACUUUAUGUUGUUUGCAACCCAGAACCCGCCCGGUGUUUACGCUGGUCGUAAGCACUUAUCCCGUGCAUUUCGAAAUAGAUUUUUGGAAAUUCACUUUGACGAUAUUCCUGAAAAUGAACUUGAAACAAUUCUGCAUAUGCGUUGUAAAAUAGCUCCGUCUUACGCCUCUAAGAUUGUUCAAGUAUUUCGUGAACUCUCUCUUCGUCGCCAAAGCACCAGAAUUUUUGAACAGAAAAAUUCUUUUGCUACCCUUAGAGACUUAUUCCGCUGGGCUUUUCGUGACGCAGUAGGUUACGAUCAACUCGCCGAGAACGGAUAUAUGCUACUGGCAGAACGUGCACGCGAUCCCAACGAUAAAUUAGCAGUACAAGAGGUGAUUGAGAAAGUGAUGAAAGUCAAAAUUAAUACCGAAAAGUUGUAUAGGUUGGAUUUUAUAGAUUCAAUUAGAUCUGAUGCUAACGUAGGUCCCCUUGAUAAUGUCGUGUGGACCGCGCCCAUGAUUCGUUUAUUCUCCUUAGUCUGGCAUUGCCUUCAGGCUAAGGAGCCCGUUCUAUUGGUUGGUGAUACCGGUUGCGGUAAAACCACUGUGUGUCAGGUUUUGGCUGAAUGUCUCUCCAAACAGCUGCAUAUCGUCAACGCUCACCAAGACACAGAGAAUGGUGAUAUAAUUGGAGCUCAAAGACCUUUGCGUAAUCGAUCACUAAUAAAAAACACGCUGCAUAUUCAACUUUCUGAAAAAUUUAACGUCAGCCAGGACAAAUAUCCUGUUGAAGAUUUAAUCACAAAAUUUGAAAGCCUUUCUCAUUCUGAGAAAGCUGAUGACUUAUCUGUUGUCAUCGAGAAGCACAUUAAGAAGUUUAAGUCUUUAUUUGAGUGGCACGAUGGUGCUCUUGUUUCAGCAAUGAAAGGUGGUGAUUUCUUCUUGCUUGAUGAAAUUAGUCUUGCUGAUGAUUCUGUACUUGAACGACUUAAUAGUGUUCUUGAAAUUUCUAGGACUCUGACAUUAGUUGAACAUAAUGAUGCUGCUGUUUUAACUGCCAAUGAAGGAUUCGCAUUUUUUGCAACUAUGAAUCCGGGAGGUGACUAUGGAAAAAAGGAGCUUUCGCCUGCUUUAAGAAAUCGUUUUACAGAAAUUUGGGUCCCUCCUAUGACUUCUAUUAAUGACAUUCUUCAAAUCGUAGAAGGGAAAUUAAUACCUAUGAAAAAGCAUCUUGGUGAGCCAUUAGUACAUUACGCUUACUGGCACAGUAAUGUUUACCAGAAUGGUACUAUUAUAUCAAUCAGAGAUGUCCUAUCGGCGGUCGAUUUUAUUAAUUCAUGUGAACUUAGCGACGAUAUGGCUACAUUGUUUCAUGCCGUUUCAAUGGUAUUUAUUGAUGCCUUGGGUGCUAUAUCUGCGGUUGGUUUUGGCAGAAACAAAAAUGUGCUUUUAGAUGAACGUAAAAAGUGCGCAUCCAAGUUGGGAUCACUUUGCGGUAGUGAUUUUUCAUACUCUGUUACUGACGAUUUGAUGAUAAGAUUUACAGAGUCUUCUUUCUAUAUUGGUGACUUCGGUAUAAAGUUAGGAUCUAAUGUAAAUCCUGAUACCAGUUAUAACCUUAGCACGCACACUACGAAAGUUAACGCUGCUAAGGUCGUUCGUGCUUUACAAGUUCGAAAACCAAUUCUUUUAGAAGGUAGUCCUGGUGUCGGCAAGACAAGUUUGAUAUCGGCUUUGGCUCGAGAAUGCGGUUAUCCUUUGAUUCGAAUCAAUUUAUCCGACCAAACCGAUUUAAUGGAUCUUUUUGGCUCUGAUGCACCAGUCAAUGGUGGUGAAGGUGGUCAGUUCGCCUGGCGUGAUGCACCAUUUCUGUCUGCAAUGCGUCAUGGACAUUGGGUGCUUCUUGAUGAAUUAAAUUUGGCUUCGCAAACUGUAUUGGAAGGUCUAAAUGCUUGUCUCGAUCACCGUGGUGAAGCUUAUAUUCCGGAAUUAGACAGAGUAUUCAAAGCACAUCCAAAUUUUAGAGUCUUUGCAGCACAGAAUCCACAAAGCCAAGGUGGUGGCAGAAAAGGGCUUCCUAAAUCUUUUGUUAACCGAUUUACUGUAGUCUAUGUUGAGCCAUUGCUGCAAAGUGAUAUGCUUGAAAUAGCUAGCCAAAAUUAUCGCCAGGUUGAUGAAAAUAUGCGCUUCCAUAUCAUAGAGUUCAUGUUUAAACUUCAGGAGUAUGUUGAAGUUGAUGCUUCUUUUGGAGCUAGUGGUAGCCCAUGGGAAUUUAAUUUGCGUGACGCCAUGCGGUGGUUACAACUUCUAUCUGAAGCCGAAAAGUAUACGUGUGUCUCUCCAUCUGAGUAUUUGGAGGUCGUGGUAUUACAUCGAAUGCGAACUAGUAAUGAUCGCCAACGCGUGAUUAGACUUUUUGAAGAAGUAUUUGAUGUUAAAUACGAACCACGCUUAAUUAGUUCUGAGCUAGAUUCGAAUGUUUUGAAAGUUGGUCAUUCUUUUUUGAAUAGAAGUUCACUCACUCAGAACACGUCCUUAGACAACACCAAGUUGUUGCAAUCCCAAUACGAUGUGCUUGAGUCUAUGAUUACCUGUAUAAACAAAAAUUGGCCUUGUAUUUUGGUUGGUCCAUCUGCUUCCGGCAAGACUCGCACUAUUCGACUCCUUGCAGCUGUUUGUGGCGUAGACUUGAAGGAGAUGGCGAUUAAUUCAGAGAUAGACACCAUGGAUUUGUUAGGUGAAUACGAACAAGUUGAUAUCUCUAGGAAAAUUUCUGCCUUUUUGUUGCAAUUGUCCCAUGAUGUAUUAAAUGUCCUUAUUGAGCAUGAAGAGAUUAAGGAAAUACUUAAAGGGACGUCCCUUUUAAGAGUUUUAGGAACCAGCUUUGUAACACUGGAUGAAGGAUUACAUUUAUUGGAAUGGGUCAUAGCCGAGAUUCGAUCUAUUCGACAUCAUACCAUCGUGUUCAAACACUUGCGACCAUAUUUCACACAUGCAGGCAAGUUAAUUAAAGAGGCAUCUGUACCUGCAACAGGAAAAUUUGAAUGGAUAGAUGGCUAUUUACUGAGAGCAGUUGAAAACGGUCACUGGUUGGUUCUUGAUAACGCCAACCUUUGCAGUCCUGCUGUGUUAGAUCGUCUUAAUUCUUUAUUAGAGUCUGGUGGUACUCUGACUGUCAACGAAAGACCGACCGAAUCCGGAAUGCCGAAAGUCAUCAAACCCCAUCCUAAUUUUCGACUGUUCUUAACAGUGAACCCUUAUUACGGAGAGCUAUCAAGAGCAAUGAGAAAUCGUGGUGUUGAGAUAUACAUGUUGAAUAAUGAUCCAACUCCUUUGGAUAAUCGUCAACUUUCCGUUUUUUCACCUUCCCCUAUCUGCUCUGCCGUGGACGCUGAGUCAUCUAACUUAUCUUUUGUUAUUGAUACUCAUAGACGUCUGAGCGAGUUAGAAACAAACCUGGUGUCUCCAUAUGUAAUAGCAGCUGUUGUCUUCAGCUAUUUCUCAAAUGGUCAAUUGGCUUGUCUUAAAAACCUUUUCGACGACAAGAAGACACCCUCACUUGAGAAAUUACCUUACAUAAACGCAUUGCAACAGGCUGAUUUCUCAAAUGGUCGAAUUUCCGAUGAAGUACUUAAAUAUAUUAAGACAUAUGAGUAUCCGUUGUUGUUAACAUCUAUGAGUCUUGUAUCUAUCAUGAACGAUUUCACGAGUAUUGCUUCCUCUGACUGCGGCUCUGAAGUAUUCUGGAAAGCUUAUUUGCUAAAUGUACUUUAUGCGGCGCAGUUUGACUUACAGCAUAUUAAUCAAGAAGUUUAUUCUUCUGUGCAAUCUGGCUCUAUAAGUACUUACCUUUUAAGGAGUGCAUACGCGUUCUUACAUGGCGUCUCGUACUACAAAGGUGCUUUAUCAUCAGUUUGGAAGCUUUUGAAUGACCUGAGUGUUUACAUCUUCAAUUCAAUUGACAAAUUACGUAAAAAUAGUUCGUUAAUUAGUGUCGACGACCUUCUGAAUUUCCUUAAUUUAAUUGCACUGUGGAAAAGCAUGUAUGAAUGGACCGGUACUUUUGAAUUCGAUUUCAGUAGGUUCCAUUGUUAUUCAUUAUUGCUUAAAGAAUGGUCAACUAAGUUUGUUGCUGAUCAUAAGUCAAAAUAUUUAGAUGCCCCCCAUGGUCUGAUUAGUAAAUUCUCUGAGACGCUGCAACUAUCAACCGGCGAAUAUAUGCAAAAUAUUUGGUCCCACUACCAUCCUUUGGUACCCAAAACGAAGGAGCACUGGUCAUUAUGGUCAAAAAUUGAUACUUUGUUAAAAGAAUAUCUACGUGCAAAUACUCCUUCUUUAGGCAUGGAAGCUACAGCUUCUCAUGUCGUUACCACUACUCUAUCGUUGCUUAUGAAGGUGAUACAGCAACAUGAAUCCCAGGAUUUGGAUUCGUAUAUGCAAAUUUUGGAAGAAGGUGUCUUAGCACUAAAGAAUUCUAGACAGGAACAGCUUCCCGAAGCCUUUUAUUCAGCAUUCAAUUGUUUAGCUGCUUCGGAUCUCCUAACAAUAUACACGGCCAAUAUCAACAACUUUAAUGUUUCUUCUGAAGCGUUUACAAAUUACGUGCACGCUGCUCUUUAUACGAGAGGUACAGUAAGUCCAUUAUCCGUUAUAACCAAUCUCAACUUUAAUGCCUCUCAAAUUCCAUUUGCAGUCCUUUUUGACUAUGAUUUCUUUUCUUUAGUUAACGGAAAUACAUUUGACUUACUCACGCGUGCCUUUGCUUCAAUUGAUGAACAUUUGAAUAUGGCUUCUGUUAGAAGAUAUGAAGAUAUGCACCAAACAUUAACGAGGCACAUUACUGAGCGUUCUAUGCGAUUUUCUGAAAAUCCCAUAGAAAGAGCUGGUAUUUUACUGUUGCAGCGGAUUCCAUUCUUCAUACUUACCGAAAUCAAUUGUGAUAGACUCUCAGCGGAUGAAGAGAGGAUUUUAAAAGCGUUGGCAUUGCCAUAUGAGGAGCUAAAGAAUAACUGCACUUCAUAUGUGGAUGAACUAGUGCGUUAUUUUGAAAAUAACACACGUUUUAAUGCGUCCUAUAUAAAUCAUAUAUUGAAUUCCUUAGGCUAUUUACGGAAGUCUCUAUCGACCACCAAUCAUGAGAAUGCCUGUAAGGAUCAGGCCGCUGCUUAUAUACAUUUUUCAUGUGGUUUAUUACUUGCCUAUGUUCCUGAUAAGCCAUAUGAUCCAGCACUUCUACCUCUGUUAUCUUCUGCAAACUGUACGGAGGUAUUGAAUUCGCUUUCCGGAGAGCUGGAAAUUGUGAAACUUAUGGAAGUUAAUAAGUCCGGCAAGGAAGACAACCUAUUGACCAAGUCAAUUUAUUCGCGCAUAGAGGAAAUUAAUAGGUCUAUUCCCACUAGUACAGGUGUUUUCCGUUCUCUUGAAAGUAACAGUACCUCUUUGUUUGAUGAAUUGAGAUUUUUAAUGGAUAAUGUCGUUAAUAAUUCUUACGCUCUGGAUUUGUCAAUAAAGCUAACGCAGAGCCCGGACAACUCAACUUUAGAGGAAGCCAGAAUUUUCAAAUAUAAGUGGACUGCUUUCGUUGAAAGACUACGUGAAGCAUAUCCUCAAUAUACUGACAUAUUUGAAAUUGUUAUUUCUUUAAUCAGUUACAUCGUUUACGGUAUUGAUAUGCUGGUUGCACAAGCUAAAAGGGUCCUAGACCAUCGCGUCGCUGCAUCUGCUUCCUUGAUGUCUCACUUAAUUAGUCCUCAGAAGCUUUCAAAGCCGCUUAUGUUCGAAGAUGUACAAGAUAUUAUACGAUUAACUUCUGACUUGCAAUUAAAUGCUGCAUUGAAAUUCGAGGUUCUCUUAUUUGCAACAGCAAAACUUUGUAGGGAAAGGAAUGACAUUCCUAAGUCUUCCGCAGCUAAUUCAUUUAUUGUUUUGGCAAACGAAUUUUUUGUAUAUCACACUAAAAUUGUUCAGAAAGAGCAAGAAGAGGAAGAAGAAAAACACAGACUUUUCCGCCAAAGAGGCCUGAACCUUGAGAAUAACGAAUAUAUGCAGGUAUUUAUUAACUAUGAUGAGGAAGUUGAAGAACAACCAGAAGAAAGGCUUGAAAGAACUAGAUUUUCUCAACUUCAAUAUGCGUUCUGGACCCUUUAUAAAAGCUUUUUUAUUGGAAAUGAAGAAACAUGCUCUUUCGAACAGCUUCUAGACAUUGGUUCUUAUUUGAUCAGAAAGUUAGGACUUUCUGACUUUGAGAAGACAAUUUCUGCGGACUUCGAUAUAGUGGCUGCUGUUCUCUGUUUAGGAGUCCAAUCUUCGAAGGGUGCAGCUAAGUAUUGGUCACCUCCUGUUUACAACUUCUAUUUGGAUCCUCAUCCUUCCAAAUUAAUUGAAGUACGAGAAAUACUGAUUGGGUUGCAACUGCAUACCAAUUCAUUACUGAAAUCAUGGCCUGACAACUUUGUGCUGAGAGGCUUGAAAGAGGCUACUGAUUUAACUCUCGGUAUGGCUAUUUCUACUCCUAUAGCACAAAUGUUAUCCAAAAUUGAACGGCUGCAUCACUUAUUGUCAGAAUGGGAGAAGCUUGCCAGUCGACAAUUUUCCUUAGUAAGUGACAUGGAUCUAAUUAAAAACAAAAUUAUUGAGUGGAGACAAUUCGAACUUUCGAAUUGGAAGAACUUAUUAUUAUGGGAGGAAUAUAAAUUGGUGGAGAAAACAUAUCCUCGAUUAUAUACUAUAUUGGAUUUUGUGAUAUUGCAGACUUAUUCGCGGAAGUACACUUUGGACAAAUCCUCUUUGAACGAAAUUGCGUCCGUCAUUAUGCAAUUUUUUAAUGGCUUAAGUGUUGGAGAAUAUCGCCCGUGCCUUAGUAAUUUGCUUACAUUCACAAAACAUCUGGAAGUCCUGGAUGAAUCCACAGAACUAUGUGCAACGCUUCAGCAAAUCUAUUCUUACCUAAAAUUGUUUGAAAGCAAUAUAACACAUUUUAUAAGUGUGCAGCGUGACGAUUUGGAGAAGAAAAUCAAAGAAAGGAUAUUGUUGAUGAGCUGGAAAGAUACAAAUGUAUAUGCCCUUAAAGAGAAUGCCAGAAAGAGCCACAUGGAACUUUAUAAGACCUUACAUAAGUAUAGAGAGGUUUUGCGCCAGCCUGUGACUCCUCAUAUGUCUCAAAAACUCCACUGGGAAAUGCUGCUUAAACCUAUAAACGUACAAACAGAAACUUUGAAGAAAGAGGUGACAAUCGAUUACGCUGCUUUGACUCUUGAUAAUGCUGUCUAUGCAAACCUGCCUGCGCGAUUUUACAACACAGAUUCAACGGUACGAGUGAUGAAAUCACUUUUGAAGUUUACGUACCCUGCCGAUACUAUGUUUACGCAGGCCGUUGAUGAAAUAGUGAAUAGCGCCCAUGAAUUAUUUAAGCUUACGCCAUCUACUGCUACCGAUGAGAAUAUUUCGGAAAUUAAGCAUUUGAAGACCCGAAAGCAUCUUCUUAUGGUAAACAGUUACAAAACCUUGCAUAGUUUUGGUUUUCAAUACAGGGUUAGAGCGGGCAUAGAGGAAACAAUGAAAUCUCUUCAGAAUUUGUUCUCGAAUGUGCCUGCUUUUCCAGUGUCUUUUGGCUUGAUUGAUGAUUUAAAUACAUCACUUUCGACAGUUCUUGAUCUAAUUCCGAAAGUCCAUCGUCUGCCUGGUAACCAGCACGAUGAUCUUACUACACCAGAAGUGGCAAGAGCUAUUGGGCUUUUUGACAGCGCCCUAAGCUGGUUACUUGAAGAACGUUUGAGUCUAGUUAAUUUUGCCAAAUCUCUAGAAAGUAUCAAGUCUGCAUACCGGGGUAUUGGAAUAGACGGGUCUUUAAAACUCAAUUUUACAACCUCGGUGUUUAAACAGGCCGAAAAUUUCGAUUAUAUGGACUUUAGGAAAUACUUGAGGGAAUUAUCGGCAUUAUGUUCAAUUUAUUCAGUGAUUCUGUCUAAGCAUCACCAAGUGAUUUCAAACGAUAAAUACGCAGCUGUGUCAGCUCGCUUGUCAGAGUACAGUUCUCAGGUUUCAAGAGAUUUGACUAGCAAUUCUAAUCCUCUCUUCAUUUCCGACGAACAGUUUGAUUCCCUGACGUCCGCCAAGGCAGCUGUAAAUGAUUUACUUUAUUAUAGUAGGGAUCGUGCCGCUUCUAUGCCUGACGCUUUGUAUUGGUCAAAGACCAUUUUAUCUUCUGUAAAACCGGAGUCAACGUUCGUGCAUAAGAAAAUUAGUGAUUCGGACAUUCGUUAUCCUGCCUUUGAGAAAUUAACAGCUUUAUUUGAUCAAUUAUUAUCAUCAGCAGAGGAAGUUUCUAAGUGUGUUAAAUCAUUAGAAAGUGAUAACACGGACCAUACUCUGUCUAACCAAAGUACUUUAAUAAAUAAACUCUUAACCGCAUUCAAGCUUGACUUGUUUGUCUUCAAGUUAUCUGAUCUUAAGGAGUUUUUUGAAAGGAAAGAAUUGGAUUCAGAUACUGUUCGUCUUUUUAUGCACUUUCUUCCUGUAUGUGAACAGUACAUCUUUUCAGCGGAACAAGCCUUUACAUAUUUCUUGGUAAAGCAUGCGAAGGAAUCACAAGGCUUGCAUAAGAUCGCUUCGUUGUUUUUGAUGGUUGCUACUAAUGGUUUCUGCACUCCUGAUAUUCCGCAAGAUGAAAAUUCUCGGGAAGGUGGUGAUUUGGAAUCUGGUACUGGUCUUGGCUCUGGUACUGGCGCAAAAGAUAUCACCGAUACUGUGAACGAAGAUGACGAUCUCGAAGAACUAGCAAAUGAAGAGGAUACAAAUGAACAGGACGAAUUAGAGGAAAAUUCUGAGGCUCGUGAACUCGAUACAGAGAUGAGUGGUGCUACUAAAGAUGCACCAGCUUCUGACGUCGAAAGCAAUUCAGAUGAUGAAGAAAAAGAACUUGACGAGGAGAUCAAUAAAGACAACGAGGGGCUCUCUGAAGAUUUAAAUGAGAAGAUGUGGGAUGAGCCUAAUGAAGAGGAAUUGGGCGAAAAUGAAGAAAAAUCGAACGAACAGUCUGCUCAAAACAAUACUAGCGAUCUUGUCUCUAAGGAAGAAGAAAAAGAAAACGGCGAUCGUAAUGAGCUGGAAAACCCCGACAAUGAUAACAAAGACGAGGAAAGCGAUAGCGAGGCUCCUGGUGUUGAUGAUGAAGUUCAACAAGAUGCCCCAGAUGAUGCGCCACAACAUCCGGAAAACAAUGAAAUUCUUGAGCUUCCAGAUGAUCUCAAACUAGAUGAAGGAAAAGAGGAAGAAGGCGGUGAUGAUGAUGAAGAUAUAUCGGAGGAUGUUGAAGAUUCUAAGGAAUCAGAACAGGCUGACAGAGAAAACGAAGAGGAGCAGGCCGAACAGUUUGAAGAAUAUGAUGCUCAAGAUAAUUUAGAGGAAGAUAUAAAAGAAGAGGAAGGUUUUGCUUCUCAAGAUGAGAAUGCGAAUGAGGAAGAACAGGCGAAUGAAGUUGGUGAAGCUGAUGAUACGGAAGAAGCGGAAAAUAAGGAUUCUCAUGAGGAUUAUGGCGAUGAUGAACAACAGGAGAAUGCAGUUGACGAAGAUAUUCCUGAAGAAAAUUCCCAUGAGGAUGCUAUUGACGAUCUCAAAGAUAACACGAGUGGACAAGACGAUGCAUCCAAGUCGACAUCAGCUAAAAUGGAUACUGGAGAUACGGUUGAUGCUGCUGAUGAAAAUGUUAGUGAAGAAAAUGCAGAAGGUGCUGCUGAAAGCGGUGAGCCAGGAGCAGGUGCUGCUUCUGGAGAACAAAAUGAUACCGAUGUGACAACAGAACAAGAGAACAAGGCAUCAGAGGAAGCAGAAUCUGCAGACAAACAGUAUCAAAGUCUUGGUGAUCAGUUACGCGAGUGGCAACGAGCUCGUCAAAUUCAAGAGCAUCAAACGGAAGAUAUGGAGAAAGAAGCUGAUAAUCAGCAGAAGAACAUCGAUGAUGCUACCGACUUUGCUCAUAUUGCUGAAGAUGAAGAAGAAGAUACUCAAGCUUUAGGCAAUGCUGACAAAGAGCAAAUCAAAAGCCUCAAUGUCAACGAAGAUCAGGAUGAAGAUGCCAGUGCUCCUGAACCAAUGGACAUUGACUCUCAAUUAAAUGCGGACGAUAGUAAACCAAAAGAAGAUCAAGAAACAGGGUUUGAAUCAAAACAGCUUUCCGAAACUACGGAUAAGUCUAGAGUUGAUGAAUUGGAGACAAGGAAUGUAAUCAAUCAGCCUGAUUUUGACCGAGACUUAGAGGAUUACGGCGAAAUUGAAGAUGCCAUAGAAAAUGAAGGUAUUAUUACAACCACCAAAGAGCCUCCUUCCAUGUCAAUAGAGGAGGCUCGUGUGCUUUGGCAGCAACAUGAGGAAUCAACCAGACAACUUUCUAUGGAGCUCUGUGAGCAACUUCGCCUAAUCCUGGAACCCACUCUGGCAACCAAGAUGCAAGGUGAUUUCCGUACCGGUAAGCGUUUGAAUAUGAAACGGAUUAUUCCGUAUAUCGCAUCCCAGUUUAAGAAAGACAAGAUUUGGAUGCGCCGCGUAAAACCUAGUAAGCGAACGUAUCAAGUUAUGAUUGCAAUUGAUGAUUCUAAAUCAAUGAGUGAAUCUAAAAGUACCAAGCUUGCUUUGGAGACUUUAGCAUUGGUUACGAAAUCCUUAUCUAUGCUUGAAGUUGGUCAAAUUUCUGUGAUGAAGUUUGGCGACGAGCCUGAAUUACUCCAUCCUUUUGAUAAACCUUUCUCUUCUGAAGUUGGUGCAGACAUGUUCUCACACUUUUCUUUUGAACAAUCAGGAACAAACGUUCUAUCUUUAACUGAUGCAUCAAUGCGCCUGUUCAAUUACGCGGGUACUAACCUGCAAGUGCGUAAUAAAACCGAUCUGAGGCAGCUUGAAAUUAUUAUUUCCGAUGGUAUUUGUGAAGACCAUGAUACUAUUCGUAGAAUUCUUCGACGUGCUCAAGAAGAAAAAGUAAUGAUUGUUUUUAUUAUUCUUGACAAUGUUAACGAUAUGAAAAAAUCGUCUGUGCUUGAUAUCAACAAAGUACACUACGUUACAAAGGAAGAUGGGACUAUGGAACUAAAUAUACAACCUUAUAUUGAUGAGUUUGCUUUUGAAUACUACUUGGCAGUAAGGAACAUAGAAGAACUUCCUCAGUUGUUAUCUUCUGCCUUACGACAGUGGUUCCAGCAAAUGUCCAGUACUUAGUGAGUUCCGUUUCGCUUCUUAUUUGUUUUUUGGCUUGAAUAUAUACCAAGAAACGUAUAUAAAUUUUAUUAGGAUAUUUUGGAUUGGUUUGGAAUUUGGAGAUUAUAAAUUAAUUUAAUAAAUAAUCAAUUUUAUCAUUUAU